GAUGCCCAGAAAAUCCCUCUCGUGUUAACACUUGAUUUAUGGAAACAAUUAUGAUUCUGUUGGAAUCUUCCUGGACCAGGAAAUAGUCCACAACGUUGCACAAGCUGAUGAUGUGAGGGGGGAAAAACAAUGCAUUUCUUCCAUGCACAGUUUGUCUUCAACAAAAACAAAACAGGGAGUGUGUCUUUUGCUUGCAAUGACAUGACUCCAGACCAACUAGCUGGAAGCGUGAACUGUUCCUCCAGUCCUGAGCGGCAUACCAGAAGUUAUGACUACAUGGAAGGUGGAGAUGUAAGAAUAAGGAAACUUUUCUGUCGAACACAGUUUUAUCUGAGGAUUGAUAAAAAGGGCAAAAUCAAAGGCACAGCUAAUCCCAGCUGCAAUUACUGUAUUCUGGAAAUCAGAACCGUGGCUGUUGGAGUGGUUGCUAUCCGAGGCGUAGAAAGUGACUAUUUCCUAGCAAUGAGCAAAUCUGGAAAAUUAUAUAGCAAGAAAAACUGCAAUGAAGACUGCAAUUUUAGAGAGCUUAUAGAGGAAAAUAAUUACAAUACGUACGCUUCAGCAAAGUGGACGCAUAAUGGCCAACAAAUGUUUGUUGCCUUGAACCAAAAAGGAGUAACCAUUAGAGGCAAAAGGACAAAGAAAGAAAGUAAAUCAUCUCAUUUCCUUCCUAUGGCAAUAUCAUAAUGAAGUACACACGAUGAGAACAUCAAUUCCACAAAUAAAAGAUGUUCCAUCUCUGCACAUGUAUCACUGAAAUCCUAACCACACAAGCUAAAAUACUACUGACAUCUGGAACAAGCUGGGCUUGCGCUUUGCUAUAAAAACAUACUUAUAAUUUUGCACGACUGUAUUCUAUGCAACCCAAUGUUACAACAGAUGUAAAAGGUGAAUUUUUAAAAUUUAUUCCUAAACUCAUAUCUAAGAAACAUUUGAAUGAAAGUAGUAUGACUGAUUAUCUAAUCAAAUGUGUAAAGAGGUGCAAGUAGUUUGUACAUAGAACCUUUCCUUAAAUAAUACUUUUGGGGAUAAUGGUACUUCAUACUUAAACAGUACUAUAUACAUUUUCUAGAUAAUCUAUGUUACAUUAAGACACCUUGCAUUCAAACUGAUACAUUUAUUCCUUGAGAAAGCACUGUGGACUAUUGUUGAAUUAAAUAUCAUCUAAUAUAUGAAUCUAGUGAUGAAUGUGUAGCUUUCCAUACAGCAUUUAAUUUUUGUAUUUCAAUAUUUUUAAAGAGAAAAAUUGUAGUUACUGUAGUAUUUUUGAUUUUCACAAGAUGGAGAGUGUUUAAAUAUCUUGUGGACAAUCACAAAUUUUGCCAUGUUGUAAAUGACUUGUGAAAAUAAUGAUUCUACAGUGUUGGCAGUGCUGCUCAGCUCAAUAAAAAUUA